GGAGGAGAGAGAACAAGUGACAUUGGCAACACUGACGAUGCUCCUUUCCAGAUGGUAUCUCCAGUGACUAAUUCGUGACGGGUCGGACCACAGCGAGGCGGAGUGCUUGAGCGAUCCCAGUGCAAUCCAUGAAAUGAGCAUUUUUUAAGUGACGAUAACUCAAGGAACUACUUAGAGGAAAAUAAUAAAAACUAUAAGUUGUACACUAAGAAACUGCAUCAUGACGGAAUACAAGCUUGUAGUAGUUGGAGCUGGAGGUGUCGGAAAAUCAGCGCUUACCAUUCAACUGAUACAGAAUCACUUUGUUGAUGAAUAUGAUCCUACCAUAGAAGAUUCAUAUAGAAAACAAGUAGUGAUCGAUGGUGAAACGUGCCUUCUAGAUAUAUUAGAUACAGCUGGACAAGAGGAAUAUAGUGCAAUGAGAGAUCAGUAUAUGAGAACAGGAGAAGGAUUCUUGUUAGUCUUUGCUGUAAACUCUGCUAAAAGUUUUGAGGACAUUGGAACAUAUAGGGAACAAAUAAAACGAGUGAAAGAUGCAGAGGAAGUGCCAAUGGUAUUAGUUGGAAAUAAAUGUGACCUUCAGCAAUCUUGGGCAGUAAAUAUGACUCAAGCGAGAGAAGUCGCACGACAGUAUGGUGUGCCAUUUGUAGAAACUUCAGCGAAAACAAGGAUGGGUGUAGAUGAUGCAUUUUACACUUUGGUCAGAGAAAUACGGAAAGAUAAAGAACGUACAGGUAAACCACCCGGUAGUAGCGGACACAAGAGACGUCGAUGCUGUAUUUUAUAAAUUCUUGGAUAACACCAAUAUAUAUUUUCACUCAAAACUCUAUUACAACGCAGAAAUAAAAUAUGAGAAAAGCCUUACAUUAUGUUCACAGUGCACAAAUAUUUGCAGCUUACUCUAAAGUAUAAAUUGCAAUAAAUUGUAAAAAAUUGCAAGCACAUUUUUUCUAUAUAUUGAGAGAAAAGAACAAAUUAUGUAAUAGCUAUAAUAGUUUUUACCAUAUAUAAUGGGUUUAUGUUUCAUAUAAGAAACAUUUACCUUUAACAGUUUGCCCCAGGUAAUUUUAUUAUAUUGAAGAAUCUUAACCCUUGAUUGAAUGAAAGA